AUGACUCGGGAUUUCGCAGGCAAGACGGCCAUAGUUACAGGCUCUGCAAGAGGUAUUGGAGCCGCCAUUGCUAUCCAUCUUGGCCAAAGAGGUGCCAACGUACUGGUGAACUACACCAGUGAUCGAAGCAAAGAAGCCGCCGAUCAGGUCGGCAGCAAAGUCAGCAACUCCGGUGCCAGAGCUGCUGUGAUUCAGGCCGAUGUAUCGAAAUCAGAGGGUAGAGAAGCCAUGGUGCAGAGAGCCCUGGAGCUUUCUGGGUCCGAGAGGAAAAUAGACAUCCUUGUCCAUAAUGCUGCUGUAGGCGAUGAUUGUGGUCUGGCAGACCUUUCGGACGAACUUUAUGAUCGAAUUAACGACACCAAUAUUAAAGGCAAGUUUAGCGUUGCCUUCCUCACGAAAGCAGUCUUACCGCAUAUCGCCAGAAACGGCAGGAUUGUCUUAAUGUCCUCAAUAUUUGCGAGACAGGGCAAUCCUUUGACAUGUCUCUACUCGGCAUCCAAGGCCUCGCUUGAGGCGUUCGCACGAGUCUGGGCCACAGAGCUCGGUCAAAAGUACGGAGUCACCGUCAAUUGUGUCAACCCUGGCCCAGUCGCCACGGAUAUGUGGUUCUCGACCGACAAAGAGCUCCUUGAUGCUAUGCAGCCGACGAUUGAGGCCACUCCAGCUGCACCACGAGUCGGCGAAGUGGAGGAUAUUGCUCCCAUUGUCGGAUUCCUUUGCUCAGAAGAAAGUAGAUGGGUCACUGGAAAUGUUAUCUGUGCCAACGGCGGAAUGUUGUUCCACUGAGAAGGCAGUUCUGUUCUCAGGUGGCUACCAAAGCAAUCAAUGCCCAUGAAUAGAGUCAUAUUAUCAUCUAUGUAGUAAAC